UUAAGUAAGCGUGGUUACGUAAGAUUCAAGAUGGCGGCAGUUGUGGUCAACUUCGCAAGAGAGAGAAACGCAUUUCGUUUGGCUUUUCGCUCAGUUAGAUGCAACUUUAACUAUCACAACUUCAUCACGUAUCGUAACUCUAUGCUUCUAUCAAGGCAGUCGCCAAAUGCAAACCUUUCGAUCAGGAGACAAUUUUGGUCUACGAGACACGACGAUCUAAACAGAGCUCUCUCGGAAGCAGAGAAAAUUGUUGGCUAUCCAACCUCAUUCCUUAAUUUACGAUACCUGUUGAGCGACGAGAUCUCUAACAUCGCCAUGUACAUGAAGAGGUUUGCCAUGAGCAAGCACCCCAUGCUUAGAACGGCGCGAGGCUUUGUUUCGGACGACAACCAGACGAUGCAAACUAGAGGACUUUUAGUACUUCUCAUCUCAAAGGCCUCUGGGCAAUGUAUGAAAAACGAGUUGAACAUGGAUCAGGAACUGGUAGCUGACAUUCAUUCAAGCCAAAGACAGCUGGCCGACAUAACUGAAACCAUACACACAGCCAGCCUGGUGCAUACAGGAAUAGUUGAUUUAGCCAGUAUCUCUUCAUCCAGCAAGUGCUAUCAAGAGGACAUGGAAUUUGGUAACAAGAUGGCAGUGUUAAGUGGUGACUUUCUUCUAGCAAAUGCUUGUACAGGAUUAGCAGAACUUAAAGACACUGAGGUUGUUCAAAUGAUUUCAGAGGUAAUUGGACAUUUGAUGGAAGGGGAAUUCCUGAAAAUCACAUUUAAUGCUGAUAAUUUGAAUUUAGAGUUUUGGAACGAGUUAUCGUUCAAAUGCAAGGCAAGCUUGAUGGCAAACAGUUGUAAAGCAGCACUGAAAAUUGUUGGUCACUCAGUUGAGCUUCAGGAAACUGCAUUUGAAUUUGGCAAAAACAUUGGUUUUGCUCAUCAGUUGAAGAAAGAUCUUCAGGCUCUACAUGAUGAAAAAUCUACCACAAUCCUCCACACUGCACCUGUAAUUAUCUCUAGUAAACAACCUCAUGUGAAAACAUUGAUCAUGCAAAUCUUAGCAGAAAAGAACACAGAGAAGCUGGAUGAUCUGCUUCAGGAACUGGCCUUCACUGCAUCCCAGGGAGAAACAUCAUCAACCAUGAAAGAUCUGAGUUUAGGUUAUGGAAAGAAAGCUCUUCAAUCACUUCAAUUGUUUCCAGACUCUGAUGCAAAGCAAGCCUUAGUGAAUAUUGCAAACUCAUGUACUUUACAAGUGUGAAGCAAGGUUAAAUUUGAAUAAGAACUUUUUUAUGGCAUGUGAACUUGAUUAGGAAAAUAUGUUUCCUCUUUAUUUCAGCAGAGGAAACUUGUCAAUCACUUGUGUUAAGGAAAAUGUGAUAGUCAGGAGUAGAAUCUCCCUUAACCCUUUAACUCCAGAAGUGAUUAACAUGUAACUUCUCCUUACCUUAUCCAUACAUUAUCCAACAAAUGGCUGCUGAGAAUACUCAAACUUAUCAAGUGGAAAUUAUGUUGAUCUAACGCUAAAUUCUCGUAACUUAUUGUCAAGGAUAUGUGUAGUAGCUAGAGAGGAGAAUUGAAAAUCAGUUAUUGGGAUUUAAGGGUUAAAUUUCCUCGAUAAAUGUCUUUUUCAAGUCAUAGAAAUUUGAAAAUUUCAAAUAGUAAUUCCCUUGACAUGCCUCUUUGUUAAAAAAUUAGAUUACAGUCUUUUGAUAGAAGGACUUUUCCCUGGAAACACUAGUCAUUUUUCUUUUUUCAUCUGUAAUUUGUAAAGAGAGCUUUUCAUGCAAAAACUUGUCAAGAAGUGAAAAUCAGCAGAAUUUUACUUUUCACACAACAUAAAUAACUUUGGCUAUUGCAAAAUUCCAAUUUAUUGAAAUAGUUGUUAGGAAAGAUGAAGUCAGGUGGGAAGCUUUCAUUUCGCGACUUAUUUGAUCUCCUGAUUUAAAAUAGCACGAAAAUGAAGCAAUAAGGUGUAAUGUUCGGAUCGGACAUUCAAGCUUUUCUGAAGCGAAGGGCAACCAUUUCACUGAAGCUUACUAAAUAGGAGGCUUGGAGUUACUUCAUUAGAUUCCAAACAUUUGAGGUCUAAACUUACGAAAUUGAAAACACUGAAACUGGCUCGAUCAACACUUGUUUAAUUUUAUUCUGUUGAAGUACCAACUUAAAAAUCUAGAUUGUUUUUCCCAUAGCGUGAAAAUUGACAAUAGAAUCCCUUGCAGUUC